UUUUUUUUAAAUUUUUUUGUACUUUUGCGCCAUUUUUGGACCCAGACUAGCUAAUGCUGCUAGCUCACUAAGCUAGCUGUUGCGCAGUUGGGGGGUUUUCGGCGAUGAUGGAGGGUUUCGUUCCGGGUUUAGAUGCAGAAAAUACUCCAAAAAUGCGGACUGUGGUGGUAAUUCGGGCGGGGACCGACCCAACCGUCACCGGAGACCUCCGAGUCCUCCUCAACCUUCGAGCCCUGGAAGGGGCGAGCCCGGACUCCCGCUGCGCUUCCGAGCAAAGAGAUAUCCAGCCCUACAUGAGGAGGAUCCUCACCGUGUGGAUGUUUAAGGUGUGUGAGGAGCAGCUCUGUGAGCAGGAGGUGUUCCCCCUGGCGGUACAUUAUCUGGACUCCUACCUCAAACGUUUCUGCAUAGAGAAGUCCAGCCUGCAGCUCCUGGGAACAGUCUGCAUGUUUGUGGCCUCCAAAAUGAGAGAGACGGUCCCCCUCACAGCCAGCAAGCUCGCCAUCUACACUGAUAACUCCAUCUCCACUGCAGACAUCCUGCAGUGGGAGGUGAUGGUGGUGUCCAGGUUAGGGUGGUGUCUGGCCUCCGUGGUUCCUUCGGACUUUUUGGAGCCAAUUCUUCAAGCUCUCCCCUUUGUUCACCCCCUCAACAUUCAGAACAUGCGCAGACAUGUUCACUCCUACAUUGCCCUGGCAGCCAUGGACUGCAGGUUCUCGGCCUUCUUGCCCUCCACUCUUGCGUGCGCUUGUGUCACCGCCGCUGUGCAAACAUUGGCAGCCGGCAACUCUCCAGAUUCUGUGAUGAAGCUUUUGUCCGACCUGUUGGCGGCAGAUUUGAGCUCGGUUAUGGGCUGCCAUAAACUGCUGGCCAGCGUGUUGGACGUCAGCCUGCCUCCGUGUUUCCAGGGUGGUGUUGGCAGGUCAAACACAAACAGUUCAGGGUUCAGGUGCAUCUCUGCUGAUGCCAAGGACACCAACUGCCCCUCAUUAGAGAACCUAACCCAGAGGGUUGAAGGAAAUGAAAUGUCUGAAGGCGGGAAACCCAAAAAAUGAUCUUUAUUAAAUGUGAUGAUGAUGAACUUUCUUUUUAUUUAUUUUUUUAAAUCUGUAGUGUUGCUGCAAGAUUGAUUUUUUUUUCUCGUACCAAGUUUGGUUGUAAUCAUUAACUUCUGUAAACUACACUGACCUGUUUGCAAUUUGCUCCAUUUUCAGUUCAACUAUAUCUUCUGGUAGUUUACUCCAUUACUAUUGGUACUGAUGACAAACCAAUCCUGGUAAACAACAAGUUUAUGUAUGACACACACAUUAGGAAGCCAUUGAUUUUUCGUUUUUGUCUUUAUUGGUUUGCUCAUCUUAGUCCCAACUGUUAAAGACAAGCCAGUAACAGUGACAAACAGGCGCCGAACUGAACCAACUUCUGUCAGGAGUUUAAGAUUGUAAAGGAUUGGUGCCAUGCCAAAUACAUGAAACAUUAAAUGACUUCAACGAUA